AAGUCUUAAUUCUCAGCCACCAAACCUUGGCCACCUUGAUUUUUCUUCAUCUUCUUCUUCUUUCGUUUCUUCUGAAUUUCUGUGUAUGUGCUUUGGAGGGUACUGGAGAUUUUAGAACUUGCCAUGAUGGGCAUAAACCCUGUUUCUCUGUUUCUUUUUUCAUUAUUUUGGGUUCUGUCUUCUGUUGGUUUCUUUUGCAAUGCAAAUAACACGAUCACAAGAGCUCAAUCCGUAAGAGAUGGGGAAUCCCUGAUAUCAGAAAAUGAAAUCUUUGAAUUGGGUUUCUUCAGUCCUGAAAAUUCUUCCUGGAGAUAUGUGGGUAUUUGGUACCACAACAUUGAGCCUCAAACAAUUGUCUGGGUUGCUAAUAGAGAAAUCCCAAUUUCGGAUAACUCUGGGGUUUUAACUAUUGGGGGUGAUGGGAAUCUGGUGGUUUUGUCUGGAAAUGAGACGCUUGUCUGGUCCAGCAAUGUUUCAAUUUCGUCUGGAAAUGAAACAACAGCAAUUCUUGAUGAUACUGGGAAUUUCAUGCUGUCGAGCGGUGACAGCAUUGGUGAUAGUGACCAGGCGUAUUGGCAGAGCUUUACAGAUCCAACGGAUACAUACUUGCCAUACAUGAGAGCAUAUAUGAGUUCUGCAACUGGAGAUAUUCUUCCCUUCACAUCAUGGAGAUCUAUAAACGACCCUUCCCCUGGAAACUACUCUAUGAGGAUCGAUUCAAGGGGGCCACCGCAAAUAGUGAUACAGGAAGGAUCGAAAAGGCUGUGGAGAAGUGGCUACUGGAAUUCCCAGAUAUUCCUAGGUGUCCCUAAUAUGACAGUUGCGACUAAUUACCUUUAUGGGUUUAAGCUUACCAAUGAUGGGAAUGGGAGUGUUUAUUUUACGUAUAUUCCGGCGAAUAGUUCUCAUUUGUUAAGAUUUCAAUUGAGAUGGGAUGGAGUGGAGGAGCAGUCUAGGUGGGAUGCAGAUGCAAAGCAAUGGCAACAGGUGCAAUCACAGCCUGCAAAUGAAUGUGAAGAAUACAAUUAUUGUGGAAAUUUUAGUACUUGCACUGUGUUUGAUUCUCCUAAAUGUAGAUGUAUGGAUGGGUUUGAGCCAACACAUCAAGAGCAGUGGAGAACAGGGAAUUGGACAGGUGGGUGUAAGAGGAGGACUCAAUUGCAGUGCCAGAGGAAUGGGAGUGUGGCAGGGGGAGGUGGUGGAGAGGAUGGGUUUAAAGGGUUGAAAUGCAUGAAAUUGCCUGAUUUUGCAGAUAUGGCGCGUCUUACAGACUCCGAGACGUGUAAGGAAAGGUGUUUGGCGAAUUGUUCUUGUACUGCAUAUGCAGACGUUCCUUCCAUUGGGUGCUUGAUAUGGACUGAGGACUUGGUUGAUGUUCAGCAUUUUGACAAAGGUGGGAGUUUGUUCUUUCUCCGCCUUGCUGAUUCCGAAUUAGGCGGCAAGAGAAAAUUAUCAACACCUUGGAUAAUUGUAAUUGCUUUUGCCGGAGCGUUCUUCCUUGGAAUAUUCAUAUGGUUCCUGUGGCGAAUGAAGGAAAAGCUGAAAGUUUUACCCACAUCGGCCCCACCGUCAUUGAUGAGGACCAGCGAGAUACCAGCUUUUGAAGUAAGCAAGGAAUACUCAACAGAUCUUUCAGGACCAGCUGAACUUUACUUGGGAGGAAAUGAAAUUGAUGGGUCAGACUUGCCUAUGCUCAAUUUCGAUUUUGUAGCAGCUUCUACAAACAACUUUUCCAUAGAAAACAAGCUUGGGCAGGGGGGAUUUGGACCUGUCUACAAGGGAAAGCUCCCCGGGGGACAGGAGGUAGCUGUAAAGAGGCUGUCGAAGAAAUCUGGACAAGGGUUGGAGGAGUUCAAGAAUGAGAUGAUACUGAUUGCCAAAUUACAACACAGAAACCUUGUUAGAUUAUUAGGCUGCUCUAUUAAGGGGGAAGAAAAGAUGCUGCUAUAUGAAUAUAUGCCGAACAAAAGCUUGGAUUGCUUUCUUUUUGACCUGGCCCAGCAGGCAAUUCUAGACUGGAAUCGACGCUUCAUGAUCAUAUCAGGGAUUGCCCGAGGACUCCUUUAUCUCCAUCGAGAUUCAAGACUUAGGAUAAUUCAUCGAGAUCUCAAGGCCAGCAACAUUUUGUUGGAUGAGGACAUGAACCCGAAGAUUUCAGACUUUGGUAUGGCCAGAAUAUUUGGGGUGAGCCAAAAUGAAGCAAAUACCAAUCGUGUUGUUGGCACAUAUGGGUAUAUGGCACCUGAAUAUGCAAUGGAGGGUCUAUUUUCAGUGAAGUCAGAUGUUUAUAGCUUUGGUGUGUUACUGCUAGAGAUUGUGAGUGGCCGGAGGAACACUAGCUUCCGGUUAACUGAACAAAUGACCCUUGUAGCUCAUGCAUGGGAUCUUUGGAGUGAAAGUAAAGCAAUGGAGCUCAUCGACCCUUCCAUCCAAGAUUCUUGCUCUCCAGAUGAAGUUUUGAGAUGCAUACACGUGGGGAUGCUGUGCGUACAGGACUCCGCAAGUUCAAGACCAACCAUGGCCUCUGUGUUACUAAUGCUAGAGAGCGAAACUGCAACCCUACCAUUGCCUAAACAACCCACUUUUACUUCGAUGAGGAGUUCCUUGGAUACGGAGACUUACUUGGAAUGUCAUGAAUCUCGCGAGAUUGUAUCCUCAAAAGAAUUGACUGUUACGAUACUUUUCGAAGUUUCAGAAUUUACAGAAGAAGCAGAAACUGAGUUGAUGCUUGUCUCAAGUGCAGAUUUCUUCUCUUCCUAUCAAACCACACUAAAUGUCAUCUACAUGAAGAGACUAAAGAAAGCAUCUUCACUAGAAAACCCAGAUCUCUUGAGAGAGGAAAAUCCCCUUAUUGAAGGAAUGAUGGCCGAAAGAAAGCUGUUUAUCACUUUUUUCACCCUCAUCCCCUCCAUAGUAAUUUCAACGGACACCUUAACGGCAACCCAGUCACUCACAAAUAACCAAACUCUUGUCUCUGCAAGUGGGGUUUUUGUUUUUGGGUUCUUCACACCAGGCGAUUCAAGGAAAUUGUACUUGGGUAUUUGGUACAAAACCAUUCAAGUCAAGACAGUCGUUUGGGUUGCUAACAGAGAUAGCCCACUCACAAACCCCUCUGCAUCUCUCAAGAUCAACAACCAAGGGCUUCUCCUUGUUGAUGAAGCAGAGAAUCUCGUUUCGUCGCUGAAUGAAACCAAAAUCAAGGCUGAUAAUCCAGUUUUACAGUUGUUAGAUACAGCAAAUCUCGUUAUAAGAGAAGCAAACAACAACGAUCCAGAUGGGUAUUUAUGGCAGAGUUUUGAUUACCCAACUGAUACUCUUUUACCUUCAAUGAAGCUAGGUUGGGAUCUUAAUACCAGUUUGAACAGGUACUUAAGUUCAUGGAGAAACAGUGAUGAUCCUGCCUCUGGUGAUUUCUCUUACGAGAUAAAUUAUCAUGGAUUCCCAGAAGUAUUUUUUUACAACAGAGAGGUUCGAAUGUUUCGAAGCGGGCCAUGGAAUGGUUUGAGAUUCAGUGGUGGACCAGAAAUGAAUCCUCUUCCUUACGUACACUUCACUUUCGUCACUAAUCAAGAUGAGGUAUAUUACACUUAUGAAAUAACAAAUAAGAGUUUGUUUUCAAGGUUAGUCAUCGCUCCAUACGGGGAAAUACAAAGAUUGACAUGGAUUGAAAGCAAGCAAGAAUGGUCAAAAUUCUGGUACGCACCCAAAGAUCAGUGCGACAAUUACAAUGAAUGUGGUCCAUAUGGUAUUUGUGAUUCAAAUUCUUCUCCAGUCUGUAAGUGUACAAGAGGGUUUGAGCCUAAAAAUCCAACAGUAUGGAAUUUGAGAGAUGGGUCUGGUGGGUGUGUGAGGAAAACACAGUUGGAAUGUGUUAAAGAUAAAUUCUUGCGUAUGAAGAACAUGAAGUUGCCUGAGAGUAUUACUUCAUUUGUGGAUGCGAAUAUGAGUCUUAAGCAAUGUGAAGGUUUGUGUUCCAAGAAUUGUUCUUGUACAGCUUAUGCUAAUGCUUAUAUUACCAAUGGAGGCACAGGUUGUGUUAUUUGGACAAGUGAUCUCUUGGACAUUAGACAAAGAAAAUAUGGUCAAGAUCUCUAUGUUAGAUUGGCAUCUUCUGAUCUAGAUGAUGGAGGGAACAUACACCUUGUGGUAAUUGGGGUUGCAGUUGGUAGUGGAAUUUUAGUAUUAGUGCUAAUUGGGUAUUUUGCAUGGAAGAGGAAGGCAAUGGGAAGUAUAUACAAGGGAGAAACUGAUAAAAAAGGUGAAAGAAGCCAAGAUGUGCUAUUAAGUGAAGUAGUAAUCUUGAGUGAGAAGACUGUUGAUUAUUUGGAACUGCCCUCAUUUGAUUUUGGUACGAUAGCAAUGGCUACCAAUAACUUUGCUGAUGAAAAUAAACUGGGACAAGGUGGAUUUGGUUGUGUUUACAAGGGUAGGUUGAUAGAAGGUCAAGAUAUAGCGGUGAAGAGGCUGUCAAAGAUUUCUGGACAAGGAACGGAAGAAUUCAGGAACGAGGUCAGGUCAAUAGCCAGGCUUCAACAUAGAAAUCUAGUUCGCUUGCUUGGUUGCUGCAUUGAGAUGAAUGAAAAGAUUUUGAUUUACGAGUACAUGGAGCACAGAAGCCUUGAUGCUGUUAUAUUCAGUCAAUCGAGGAGUGCCUUAUUGAAUUGGCCAAGGCGGUUCAACAUCAUAUGUGGGAUUGCUCGAGGACUUCUAUAUCUUCACCAGGAUUCCAGAUUCAGAAUCAUCCACAGGGAUCUCAAAACAAGCAAUGUUCUACUUGAUGGAGAUAUGAACCCCAAGAUAUCAGAUUUUGGCUUGGCUAGACUUUUCGGUGGAGAUCAAAUGGAAGAAAAAACUAGGAGAGUCAUUGGCACGUAUGGAUAUAUGUCUCCUGAGUAUGCCAUGGACGGUCUCUUCUCUGUGAAAUCUGAUGUUUUCAGCUUUGGCGUUCUCGUUUUGGAGAUCAUAAGUGGCGAGAAAAACACGGGGUUUUAUCAUUCAAACGGUGGACUAAAUCUUCUUGGACAUGCGUGGAGACUAUGGAGAGAAGGGACGGGACCGGAACUGAUAGAUCAAUCAGUGGGUGAAUCGUAUUCCCCGAAUGAAGUUUUAAGGUGCAUACAGGUUGCUCUGUUAUGUGUCCAAGAGCGAGCAGAAGACAGGCCAACCAUGUCAUCUGUGGUCUUGAUGUUGAGCAGUGAAACUGCAACUAUGCCAAAGCCUAAAAAGCCCGGGUUCUGUCUUGGAACAGAUUAUAUUGAAUCCAGUUCAUUUUCAAUUAAGCAAGAUGAAUCAUGCACCGUGAACCAAGUGACAGUCACAGCGCUUUACCCUAGAUAGAAUAAGGGUUCAUCCUUAUCCGGCGCAUCUGUAUAUUGAAGGCAACUUAUGCAGUUUCCUCUGUAUAUCCUCUGCUGCAAUUUUUGCAACACAUUUGAGCAGCAGCAUGCUUAACACUACUCUAAGUAUGGAUCUAAAGAGAUUUGCUGAAUGUGGGAGUUGAACGUAGCUAGGACCUCUUGCCUUUGGCAAGAAUUAAUCCCGUCAACUUACCACCCAGUAGAAGUGCAGACAUAGGCAUAGGCAUAGGCAUAGGCAUAGGCAUCCUAUUAACUGUAUCAAAAACAACAAUGAAUAUGUAUUUCUUUUGUAAUGAGUUAUUACCAUUUACCACAGAGGAAAAAACAAUUGUUUCAAGACAAAAUGAUAGUCUACCAAUCCA